CAAAAAACCCAGACCAAUAGUAACCCUAAAUAAUAAACCACCCAAUCUCUAUUCCUUCCCCACAACGAUGAACACUCCUAAGGCAGGCCUUUGAUAGAUUCUCGGCGAAUAACCUUCGCCGCUGCUUAGCAUGCGAUUGUCACAACACUGCGGCGCCGAUAAAUGGAUCGGAGUAGGAGGCUGAGGGACCCGUCUUGGUCUGCGAUUGUGGCGCGGCGUAGAGGAAUCGAGCCCGGCGGAGUAACCGGUUUUGAUCUGCGAUUGCGGCGCGGCGCAGAGGAAUGGAGCCGGGCGGAGGGACCGGUCUUAGUAUGCAACCGGUGAUUCCUUCAAGGAGCGAUUUGUGCCUCUCUUACUCCGAACGAAGCUUCCCAACCAGCAGCCGCACCAGUCAUAUUCUUUCUUUUCCAGAGGAUCAAUUGGCGGCAUCAGUUUUUUUCUUCUCUUGAGAACCAACCGCACAAACAACUAGAAGUCCAAGUAGUUUUCUUCCUUCACUCCUGGAACUGCCGCAGCAGCAAGAACUAAACUUCAUGUUUUGUUCAAUUUCUCCCAAUUCAAUUUAGUUUCCAAAGUAAUCAUUGUAAGUUUAGUUAUACUUUAUAUUACGUGUUCUCAAUUUUGGAUUGAAUAUCCAAGUGCUUUUUAUCCAAUUGCUAAUUUCAGAAUUUCUCAGAUGGCAGGGACGACAGAUUGCAGGAAACCCACCUACUGUUUGCAAUAUGAUGUUUGCAAUAUUUGUAUAAUAGAAGAUGAAAUAUUUCUUGUUCACUUAUUCAGACAAAGAGAGCAUCUGAAAUCAUUUUAUUGAUAUUCAUUAUUAGUGCUGGACCAUACGUGAACUACUAUUAAUGCUUCAUGUUCUAUUAGGCAAUGCUUUUGAUUCUUUGUUAUCCUUAAUCUAACCUUUUCUUAAAGAAGUUUCUGGAUUGGUGUAUGUACAUGAAUAAUAUUCUAGCUUUAUACUUUUACUUUUACAGGUAUGGGGUAUGGAGUAUAACCUAUUGUGUUUGAUACUUCGAUUAGUGUGCUAACAAUUGUUGUGCACUAAUCUCUUUUGAGCUUGAAGUCCUAUUUGUUUCCAAGCUAUGUUCAUGAUUUGUUCAAAUGCUGAUAAGAAAUGUGAUACCACUAAUGUUCCUGUACAAUGGCGAAGCAUAAUUCACCUUACCCGUAAUACAUUAGAAAUUUGCGGUUCUACUAUUUUCUGUGUUUCUUAGAUUCCUUAACGAAAUAAUUCUGAAAGUGUAAUACUUGCUGCCGGUCAACAGUAUGCUAUAAACAAUUUGCUUGAGAUUCAGCUACCAAUACUGACAUACUCUAAAAAGACUACCAAUACUGUUGGUAGUUCUGGAGACUAUGUUUCUCAAUUCUCAUUGCUUAGCUAUCAUUCAAUGUUGAAGGAAUGAAGAGGACACGUGGACAGAGGUUGCAAAGUAUUUUGAUGGGAAGUCGUUGAUAAUGCUUGCAGCAACUUGAAAGUGGUUUCAACAUGUCAUAAUGCGUGAGAGUGUCUGAAGCAUGCUUCUUUGCGUGACCUUGAGGUUUUUUAUCCUGGAAAAGUGGGCUGCAAAUGGAUCAAGCUAUACGCUACAGCCUUCGGUAACUAACUACUUUCACUUAAUACUUCCUAAUAAUCUAUCCACUGACAAUGAAAUCAUUUUUUUCAAUCUGAUGAAUUGCUCAAUUAUUGGUAGAUGUCAGUCAUUCUUACAUGUUCUGCCAGGCAGAUAAGCAAAUCCCCCUAAAUAAUAUUCUUAUCUGAUCUUCUUGACUCAAUUACACUUUUAUUUACAUAGAAUAAAAUCUUUUCCACUGUCAUCAAGGCAGUAUGAUUCAUCUCACUGAUUUCUCUCUAAAUAUAUGUAUACCAUGGCAGACUGGAUGCCCAUUGGAGCUUUUGUUUUCGAUUCACAAGUUGCACUUCUCACAGAAAAUGAUGGAGCUGAAUGGCAGAUGCAUGGUAAGCACUAUCAGGCAUGCCGGUAAGGUCACUUCAAUCCACUUCCACAUAAAAAGUACUUCUCGACUAAUUUUUCAUUAUAUAUGGAGUGGCAUGUGGAUUAUAGAUAUUGAUGUAUACAUAUGCACAAUAUAUUUUUCCCUGGGGGCUUCAGCCCUCUCUGUCUUCAAGUCUGCUUUUGCUUUAGCUUUAUUUAAACUGAACGUGUAUGUUCUGCUUAAGUUUGUUUUGGUUCAUUUGUCAUCUGGAUUAGUUUCAUUAAUUUUAGUCAAAUUCAAGAGGUUCUAAUCUGAGUUUGGAUUUGGCUUCUAAUGCUAGAUGCCACAAGAGUUUUAGGAGCAGGGGAACCUGAUAUUAAUGCAUGCAUAAAGCAACCUUCACAUAACUUGUAAAAUUUGAAGUACAAAAACAUCUUAUAAAUCAUACUAAGUUGUACUAAGUUGAACUAGAGUGAGAUUACUGUAAUGUCUACUGUAACGUCUACUGUAAUUUCUACUUUGCAGGUGAAGUAUGAUAGAAGCAAGUGAGGUUUCAAACGACGAAGUUGGUUGCAUAAGAUCUGGUUUCAUUCUGUGCAAGUCUGCAAAAGAAGAUAUGUGAAGGCCCUAGGAAGUGUGGUGUAAAAGUUAGACUUGUUAGUGUUUUGUUCUUGUAUAUUAGUUGUUUCGGGGUGUGUCCCCAUGAAUUAUGUAGUAUUUACAUUCACAUUUACGUGAGAAAUUGAGAUAUAAAUAAAAGUAUUUGAAUUAUGGUUAUUA